AGGGGAAAAGCCAAACAUUUGCCUGACCCGAGUCCUUGGAAAGCAACUGACAACAGGAAGGAAGCUUAUUAACCCCUCUGCUCCCCCUCCCUUUUCCCGGGGUGAGAAUCGACUCCUCCUCCCGGGCGUGCGACCCCGGGGUAAAAAUGCAAGCGGCCGCCUGCUUUCCGCACCCUGCGCGCGGCGCCCGGCGGAGGAAGAAGCAGGCGGCGAGGGCGCCGCCCCAAGCCGCGUGGAGCUAGUUCGUCUCUUCGGCGUGAACCUCCCGAGCGAGACGGCCUGGACCCCGCGACCGUCGCGCCGGCUGGGCACCGCAGGCGCCCCAUUUCCCAGCCUCUUCAGAGCUAGCACUCUGCACCCCAGUCCCUAGCCUAAUCCCCCUCAACACCACGGCGGCACCAACCCCGGUGCCUCUCGCAGGUGGCGCAAACGCCCCCGCCCUCGGGCGCCCCCUGCCGGGGAGAGGGAAGGCGGCGGCGGGCGCGGAGGAGCCGGGCGCAGGGCGGGGAGAGAGCUCCGGCGCCGGGAAGAAGCCGGGAGCUUCCCUGAUGGUGCCGCCGCCUCCGAGCCGGGGAGGAGCGGCGAGGGGGCAGCUGGGCAAGAGCCUGGGUCCGCUUCUGCUGCUCCUGGCGCUGGGACACACGUGGAGCUACCGAGAGGAGCCCGAGGACAGCGACAGAGAAAUCUGCUCGGAAAACAAAAUCGCCACGACCACAUACCCGUGUCUGAAGCCUUCAGGCGAGCUCACGACGUGCUUCAGGAGGAAGUGCUGCAAAGGGUAUAAAUUUGUCCUUGGACAAUGCAUCCCAGAAGAUUAUGAUGUAUGUGCUGAGGCUCCCUGUGAACAGCAGUGCACAGAUAACUUCGGCCGAGUGCUGUGUACUUGUUACCCAGGAUACCGAUAUGACCGGGAGAGGCACCGGAGGCGGGAGAAGCCAUACUGUCUGGAUAUCAACGAGUGUGCCACCAGCAACGAGACGCUGUGUGCGCACAUCUGCAUCAACACCUUGGGCAGCUACCGCUGUGAGUGCCGGGAGGGCUACAUCCAGGAGGACGAUGGGAGGACGUGCACCAAGGGAGACAAAUACCCCAACGACACUGCCUCCCAGGCAGACCCCAGCCCAUCUUCUCUCUCAGGGCACGAGGAGAAGGCGGAGAACGCCAUGAGAGCCGGUACCUGCUGCGCCACGUGCAAGGAGUUUCACCAGAUGAAGCAGACGGUGCUGCAGCUGAAGCAGAAGAUUGCCCUGCUACCCAACAGCGCUGCGGACCUGGGCAAGUACAUCACUGGUGACAAGGUGCUGGCCUCAAAUGCCUACAUCCCAGGACCUCCUGGCCUGCCUGGGGGCCAGGGCCCCCCCGGCUCACCAGGACCAAAGGGGAGCCCAGGCUUCCCGGGUAUUCCAGGCCCCCCCGGGCAGCCCGGCCCGCGGGGCUCAAUGGGACCCAUGGGACCAUCUCCUGAUCUGUCCCACAUUAAGCAAGGCCGGAGGGGCCCUGUGGGUCCACCAGGUGCCCCAGGAAGAGAUGGUUCUAAGGGGGAAAGAGGAGCACCUGGCCCCAGAGGGUCUCCAGGACCCCCUGGUUCUUUUGAUUUCCUGCUGCUCAUGCUGGCGGACAUCCGCAACGACAUCGCCGAGCUGCAGGAAAAGGUGUUCGGGCACCGGACUCACUCUUCAGCAGAGGAGUUCCCGUUACCUCAGGAAUUUUCCAGCUCUCCAGAGAUCAUGGACUUCGGCUCUGGAGAUGACAACCCCAAAAGAACUGAGACAAGAGACUUGGGAACCCACAGAGACUUCUAUACUUAGCACACGCCGACAUCUUCACGCCAAAGGAAGAGAAGUGUUCGCCUGCAGUGAAAUCAUCCAAAGAACAGAACAAAACACCACUGGAGACCUAGAAAAGAUACGUUCUUUUUCUCUUUUUUUUAAACUCUUUUCCUUUCUUCUCCGUACUUCUUUUAUUCCAAACACUAUUUUCAGGCUAGACAUACUAAAGACAAGAGGGAGGAAAUGA